AUGAGACUACUUUUACUUUCUUGUGCUGCUCUUCUAGCACUAGCAGUUCUCUCUGAUGCUCGAUACCAUCCGAGGAAAGGGUUGGCAGCUGGUAGACAGCGAAAACAUAAAUAUCAGGAUGAAGGAGAGGCAUUUGUUGUGUUGGUAGCUGGAUCGAACGGAUGGUACAAUUACAGACAUCAGGCAGAUGUGGCACAUGCAUAUCAUACACUUAGAAACCAUGGAAUUCCAGAGGAGAAUAUUAUCACAAUGAUGUAUGAUGACGUGGCUAACAACCCACUCAAUCCCUACAAGGGAAAACUGUUCAACCGACCACAUGGAAAAGAUCUCUAUAAAGGUCUUAAAAUUGACUAUAAAGGAGCAUCAGUGACUCCUGAAAACUUUUUGAACGUUCUCAAAGGAAAUGCAAGUGCCAUCGACGGUGGAAAUGGACGAGUACUGGAAACAAACGAGAAUGAUCGUGUCUUCGUCUACUUCACUGAUCACGGAGCAGUUGGAAUGAUCUCGUUCCCAGAUGGAAUUCUGACUGUGAAACAGAUGAAUGAUGCCUUGGAAUGGAUGCACAAGAAUAAGAAAUACUCCCAGUUGACAUUCUAUUUGGAGGCCUGUGAAUCUGGAAGCAUGUUUGAGAAUGUUCUCAGAUCUGAUAUGAAUAUCUAUGCUAUUUCGGCUGCAAACGGACAUGAAAGUUCAUGGGGCACAUUCUGCGAGAACGACAUGAAUCUUCCAUGCCUUGGAGAUUUGUUCAGUGUCAACUGGAUGACUGAUAGUGAUGGAGAGGACUUGACAACAGAAACUCUCGAAUACCAGUACGAGUUGGUGAAGAAGGAAACCAAUCUUUCCCAUGUGAUGCAGUUUGGUGAUAAGGAUAUUGCGAAAGAGACCGUUGCGUUGUUCCAGGGAGAUAAGGAAGAUAGAGAAUACACUGAAGAUUUUGGAUUAACAGCUUCAAAAUCUGUCAACUGGCCGGCAAGAGACAUUGAGCUGAACCAUCUUAUCUCGCAGCAUAAGAAAUCGAAUGACUUAACAUUGUCAAACAAAUUGGAGUAUAAGAUCAAUAGAGUGAAAGAGACGAGAAGAGCAAUCAAGAAGAAUGUUCACAUGAUUGUUGAUAAACUUUUUGAAGGAGAAUCAGAAGAUCUAAUCAGCCGAGUGUUGACCCAAUCUCGUCCAGUUCUCGACCUCCGUUGCCAUCACAUCGCUGUAAAUAUUUUCAAAAAGUAUUGUAUCGAUUUCAACGACUACGAAUACGCCAUGAAAUAUGUGAAAGUGAUCAAUAACAUGUGCUUCUAUCGACGAAUCGAAGAAAUCAUAUUGGCACUUCCCGAUAUCUGUAUGGACAUUGACAUUGAAGAAGAAGUCGCCAAGCGAUUGGAGAAGGAAUUUUUGUAA